AGAGAGAGAGAGAGAGAGCGAAAGAGUGCAGCGUGUGAAUGUGUAAAAGGAAGAGAGAGAGAGACAGAGAGCGAGAAAAGAGAGAAGAGGGCACACGUCGCUAUCAGCAUGACAAAGACGGCUCCCGUAGCAGCUAUGGAUUACUCUCACCUGUGGUUGCCAGACAUCAGAAUGUCAAAGCCAGUAGAAGUUGAGAAUCCAGCGGCAGACUCUCCAAUGGAGAACACAGGAGAUUCAGAAAGGAAUGGGAAUGGCCCAGACUCCAAUAAUCAGGCUAAGGUAGAAGAGUGUGGAGAGAUGUCCCCAGCUCCUGUCCAGACCACGCCCACUCAGACCACUCUCCCACACACACAGCUGAUGCUGACCGGAGGCCAGCUGGCAGGGGACAUCCAGCAGUUGUUGCAGCUGCAGCAGCUGGUCCUCGUUCCGGGGCAUCCUUUGUCCUCUCCUGCACAGUUCCUUUUGCCCCAGGCACAGCAAGGGCAACAAGGGCUGCUAUCGACACCAAAUCUGAUUCCACUACCUCAGCAAAACCAGGGGGGCCUCCUGGCGGCUCCCCCCCCACUUGGACUUCAAGCACAGAGAGAAAAGGUCAUGGAGAACAGUGCCGGCACCGUGACCACCGUGACCUCUCACCCUGAUGAGCCGAGCGACCUGGAGGAGCUAGAACAGUUUGCCCGCACCUUCAAGCAGAGAAGAAUCAAGCUGGGCUUCACACAGGGUGACGUAGGGCUGGCAAUGGGUAAACUGUAUGGGAACGAUUUCAGUCAGACCACCAUCUCCCGCUUUGAAGCGCUGAAUCUCAGCUUUAAGAACAUGUGCAAACUCAAGCCUCUUCUGGAGAAGUGGCUCACCGAUGCUGAGACCAUGUCGUUGGACAGCACUUUACCCAGCCCCAGCUCCCUCUCCUCUCCGUCUCUCUCGGGCUUCGAGGGUCUGCCUGCCCGCCGCCGGAAAAAACGCACCAGCAUUGAAACCAGCGUGCGCGUGGCUCUGGAGCGCAGCUUUAGCUCGAACCAGAAGCCUACCUCAGAGGAGAUCCUGCUGAUCGCUGAGCAGCUCAACAUGGAGAAGGAGGUGAUCCGUGUCUGGUUCUGCAACCGCCGGCAGAAAGAAAAACGUAUUAACCCUUCCAACGCCACCCCUCCCCUGCCCAGCCAACCCCAGCCCGCCUCGCACAAACCCCCCUGCUACAGCCCACACAUGAUGCAGAGUCAGGGACCGUCCCCAGCCGUGACCAGUCUCAGCACAGCCGUGACCACCAUGUCCUCCGUUUGUCCUUUGACUCCCACUGGUCCCUCCUCAAGCUCCACCCCUUCUCCUGUAGCUCCAUCUCCACGCAGUGACGCCAGCCCGGUCCCUGCCAGUCACAGCACGAUAAAUCUGAACACAGGUUCGUGGCGUAACAAGAACGGUGACGUGUCUAACUACAUCACCGAUUUUGCAGCAAAUUUGAGGAAUACAGUGAUUGGAGUUAACGCAGGAAUGAACCAAACUCUCCGUGUCAACAACCCAAUCGCCACGAUCCAAGCUCUGGCAGCCAGUGGUGGCCAACCCCCCAUUUCCAGUCUUGAAGGUGGCACCAAGGUGCUGAUUGGUGGUUCUGGAGGUCAGCGGUCAGGACUCCCAUCUUCCCUCUUCCUAAACCACCCCUCCCUGUUGCCAAUGGCGACCAGCAUGGGACUGGGUAACUCGGCCAUCCCCAACAAGUCUGUAUUUUCAGGCGGCAUGAGCCCCUCCCCCUGCUCCAGCCCCGCCUCCUCCUGCUCUUCCAGCGACUUGCUACACAGCCCCCAUUUGAUGGGCGGGGCCAAGAUCGAGUGACACUUCCAGGAAAACCAAUCACAGGAACAGGAAGAGGAACUGAAAGCUCCUCCUCCUCCUCCUCCUCUCAACCAAAGCAUCUCUGUCUCUCUCUCUCUUC